AGAGUACACAGUUACAUAUCGAGCAGUGUGUUUCUAUGUUGAACAGGGGAUUGAUUUAAACUUCCCAUUUGAUAAAAACCGUGCUAUUAACUAACAACCGAAUUGAGUACCAUGGAUUAUCUGUAAUCAAAUAACCAGCAUCCAAUCUGGGAUGAAGGGCACUCAAGUUGGUAAUUUUCUUAAUUGCUGUGAAAUUUGCUUGUGUUCAGUAAUUUUCUAAUCCCACCUACAUCAAUCGGAGGCCUAUUUACAUUCUAUAUUUAGAACAAGGAAGUGGAUCUUUUCAGCUAUUGGUUAGUGAGGAAAAUGAAUCGAUAUUUACAUAGCUAGUAAUAGAAUGAGUCUUUGAUGAUAUGACAUGUGUAUUCUUUUACAAGGGGGGCUCGUUAUCUCACAAUCAACGUACUUUUUUAAAAGAAUUCAAUGGAAGACAUGUCUAAAGUGCAACAGAGGAAGUAAUAAAAGGAAUUCUACAAGAUGAGGAAGUUUUGACAAGACUUAGACAAAAACAGGUGACCGGAAGUUUUACCGUUUCUUUUCAAUGUUGCAGAGCUGCUUGAGCAAUCUCUUGGCUGCUGUUCGGGAUAACGUCAUGUUCAGAUCUUUUGAGCUUCUUGCGGUCUCUCUUACUGUUAAUUGUUGUAUAUUAUGUUACUGCCUUUUCGUGAGAAUUCAAAGACGACUAUCUUCAAAAUGUUGCUGCGAAAAAUGUGGAACAAUAGUCGCUGUCUGCCAGACGUAUAAUUCAAAACCACAUUACUUACCAAAAGUAUUGACAGAGCAGUUGUUUAUAUGGAUUGUCGUCAUCCUUAGCUUUGGGGCACUUUGCGGAUCAGACGUGAUACGAUACCCAUUUAGUAGAAAUUCUAGUUCAACAAUCAACGACUUUGUGGGCAUUCUUUUGGCAAUAAAUAUUGGACGAUAUAUCUACCUCAUUUCGGUAAAUAUAUACCUGUACGGAGAAAGUGACCGUUCCCGGAUAAAAACGGAUUCCAUGCAUCACGUGGUCACUGUCGUAUGUUACUCUGUAUUCUUAGCAUACCACCAAAAUUUACUACUCUCAUUAGUAGGGAUGACAAUGGAGACCAAUUCGACGAUUAUUGAACUUUCAAAAAUACUUAAAGAGCUGGGUAAGAAUGGGACAAGACUGUACUCGAAGUUGUCUUUUAUGAACUGUGCCCUAACUUUAGUGUUCCGUGGUAUUGUACCAGUUGUGUUCCUGGUUAUUGCAAUGUUUCACGAGACUCCAUUUGUGAUGCAUUACACAACUUUAACGGUAUUUUUUCUAAGUAUUAUUUUUUUCUCUGUGAUAAAUGUAUGGUUGAUUUUAGCAACUAUUCAAAGACUGGUUAGAUCUUUUUGCAAGACAGCCAAUGACUUUGAAAACACGGAAGCUGCGCGUGGCAUCCAAAGAGUAUGUCAGUCACACUUGACAACUAGAAACAAUCUCGGUUACCUCCGUCGCUAUGACAACAAGAAUCUGUGUACAGUUGAUGACGAGAAACUCAACACAAACAGGAAAGAGACAACAAAAGAAAACAUUCCACGUUUCAAUUUUCUUUGUAACGGCAUGCAAGAGUUUAUUCCUCAACAAACAAUUCAGUCGGAUUCUGAAACCUUCGUUGCAUCUUCAGAUAUAAGUCUACGAACAGUAGACAGUAUAGCCUUGCAGGAGAUCGUGGUAGAGACGUCGUUGAACAAUGAUAACUUGAGGGAAAGUAAUGGCUCAGAAACCUCGGCGGCGGCUCUCAUUAGAGAAAGAGAAUCAAGAGAACAAGGCCGAGUACAGGGAUCUACAUGAUACUAAGACUGACUUAAACAAGAGGAAUAUAGAAAGGCAGAAAGGAGACAGUCCGUCCAAAUAUCACUUUCAAGUGAUUGUAAACAUCAGAAAAUCUAAAUAUGUCUGCAGGAUCCGUUUGCGGUCUGAAGUGUGUUCAUUAAGGUCGUGUUCCCGCCAAAGUUUUUCAUAAAACAACACUUUUACGAUUCUAUUUCGUUGUCUUUGUAAAUACGUUUAAGUUCUUAAACGUCAGAACUUUUCUUUCAAUGAAAAGGGGGAUGUACGGGCAUUAGUAAAAUAUAAUGAUUAAUCGGUUUAAGGUUCUUGAAAAGUUAAAAAAAAAAGCUAAUAUAAACAAACCAUAAAAGCAGCAAGAAGAUACAACUUUCAUGUACAACCUUUAUAUUCCACAACAUUCGGAUGUUAUAUUUUCUAUUAUUUUGCUAUGUCGGCAUACGAUCUUACUCUUUUCUUGUUUUUACAAGUUGGAGUUAAUUUUCAGUCUAAAUGUUUUAUUCUAAAUGUAGAGACUUCAGAGUAAAAUAGUUAUUUUUUCAUUUCGUCAGAAACAGUGCGAACAGAUUUAGUAACAAAGAUUACUUAAAUCUGAAAUAUUUUUAGAAAACAGAUUUAGAGCUUCAAGAUAGGUUUUUUGUUUUUAGGAAACAGUGGUAAAGACCACGUUUUUCAAAAAUGAUUCAAACAAACGAAGUUCAUAAAUUCUUCUUCAAGUACAAGAAGGACUGAGGGAAAAUUUGAAAUGGACUGGUUGUGCGUUUAAAAAAAAUGUGAUACGUUUUUUGAUGUUUCCACAUUUAUUGUACCUUUUAUUAAUUAUUGUAAAAAUUAUUCCAAACAAUGGAAUGAAAUUAUUCUAAAUUUACAUUUCUAUUUUUAAGGUGGUGAUAUAUUGAAAAAAGGUUGUUUUUAAAAGAUUUAUUGUACAUUACUGGAAUUUUGUUGACGAUUUUAUGAAAGCCGUGAUAUAUUUCAUUUGAAAUAGCUCGAUUUGCAAUUAAAGUCUGAUAUAUAA